CGAGAAAGGAUUUCCAAAGUUCCCCUUAAGUCAAGGCAAGGCAGGCUUACUAGGCUUUGUAUGUUGUUGUUGGGAUGGAGAUCUGGUUGCUAUACGUCUGGGUUGGCUCAUAGGUUAGCUUACUAAACAGGGAUGGAUGAACUAUCAAGUAUCAACCAAUAAGAAAUUGCUUUACUAUAACUAUAUGGUUGUUAGUUAACAUUAUUAAGACUUUUAACAUUGGCCUACACUAGAGUGCAGACUUGGUAUUGGCAAACAUCUACUAUCGGUGCGCUUAGGCGUAGCCACCAAUUGCACAUCUGGCCCUGGGUUCAUCUCCUGCUCUGCUGUUGGCUGAUACGUAUCUAGGCCUUCAUUCAAGGGCUGGCGGCUUAUGAUAUAAGGUUUGGUUACUCUUACUACAUAUGGUGAGCAUUUCUUAAACGUUCGCCACAUACCCACUCCACAAGCCUCUCUUCUCUUUUUAGUAGUUUGAAGGUAGCUUCACCAAUCCAACGGCCACUGCCGCCCUCCGUCAAAUGUCAGCCCUUGGUCCCCAAGGCCCAAAACAAAAUGAAGCAAAAAAGUAGGACUCAACUAGCAUGGCAGAAGUUGGAUCACCAACUCAUGAGUCACAAACUUUAUAUAUAAGUCUACUAGAGUUGGCAAAUUGAUGGCAAACCAGGAUGCGGAUGAAGCUUUGGGCGUGCUUUGGCGCUAUACUUGUGGUUCUCGCAAAUUUGGUACAGGGAUGGAGCCAGGAUUCCUCCUUAUGUCUAAACCAGCUUGCUCCUUGCCUGAAUUACCUUAAAGGAAAUGGAGAUGUGCCCGAUAGCUGCUGUGAUCCUCUGAAAUCUGUGAUCAAAUAGAAACCAGAAUGCAUGUGUAGUAUGUUAAGCAACAAGGAUAGCAGAGAAGCUGAGUCGGCAGGCAUCAAUGUGACAGAAGCACAACAAUUGCCUGGAUGGUGCGGGCUGCAUGUCAGCCCACUUCUUUGCCUUUCAGGUUCUCCAAAUUCUAAAAAUUCAGCUGAAGAUUAUGCCGACCUCCUCUUGUUCCCAUCACAUAGCACCAUAAUUACUGUAACCAUAUCUAUGCUUUUUCAGAUUUUGUGGGUAUAUCAAACACCAUAUUAGCUUGACUUUUGGCCAGGGGGAAAACUAUGAGAGAGAUUCCUAUUAGAUGUCGGAAGUUAAUUAGUUUCAUUUCGUUCUUUUUUUUUUUUUUCAUCCUUUGAAUGGAAUUGUAUUUUUAUUGAAUGAACUAAUUGGUAACUUGAAUUCGUAAAAGAUAAUAGUUGUUAAAUAUUCCAACAAGCAAUUCAAUCCAUAAUCUUUU